AUGGCAAAAAUUCUUUUAACUUUGUUUUCUUUGGCUCUAAUUUUAGGCCAAACAAAUGCAGUUAUUCAAUGUGGUACUGAUGUUAUACCAAAAGUAAUUUCUUGUGGAGGUUUUAUACUAGGUGAUGAUGCAAAACCUAGCCAAGCUUGUUGUGUUGGAUUGCAAGAUUUGGCUAAAAUAGCAUCUGCCUCACAACCAGACCGCAAAGAUAUUUGCUUGUGCUUCAAAGCUGCAAUGCAAGGUUCCAAAGUGAACUAUACAAAAGCUAAACAACUUCCUGAUCUAUGUCACUUCACUCCCUUUAUGCCAAUGGUACCUAAUCCUGAUUGCUCCAAGGUUAUUUGAAGAAGUAGAAGGAAAAUCAUACACAAUGUAGAAGAGAUGUAGUCUUCUACAAGAAUGAUGAUCGAUGUUUUUCAAUAAAAUGUUGUCAAUUUUAUUUAAUGACAAAAUUGUCAUCUCUAUUUUAACUAAAUAAAUGAUAGAAAAUCAAUUUUAAAAA